UGUGUCGCCGAGACCUGAGCGAUUCGAAGGCUGGAGAACGGGGUGACAGACGCAACAAGAAUGAGACACAGUGAAAGAAAACGAACCAAAGCUUUUUUCCAGAUAAACAAUACCGCUAGGUCCAACAGAACCCCGCGGCUGGAAAGCCGCGCUCAUCUGGGACAAGACAAGGUGUGUACGGACACCCCAGAAAUCCGUCGGUGGUCGAACCGUGUGUGUGGCUUCUUUUCUCGCUUGUUCGCCGGACUUUUUUCGCGUAUAUUCUCUUCGUUUCAAACGCAGAACUCAUGAGUCACUGCGAACCGGGUUGUAUCCUCCAAGAAGGCGUGAGUUUUUCCAAGGAGUUCUGUCUUUCUCGAGCGACUACCGAUUUUGCGCUCCCAGUAGAGUCCGGAGCUGGUUCGGUGCCCGGUUGCAAACACUGCCUGUUCCCCUUUUUUGGAUCCAGAAAACUGCCGAAAAUUCUUCCGCUUGCAUGUCCACGAACGCAAGCACGCGCCCUCUCUCAUCUGGCGACAGUGUGUGCAGUGUACAUAAACCGGCGGCUGAGAGCAGCGCGUCGCUGUCUUGCCGCCCCCCUGGCGCCGCGCUCGUCAUUUCCAGCUCUCUUCCCUUGUUCGUGGGAAAAGCUCUGCAUCCCGCCUUUUGCUGUUGAUGCGUUUUGUCUCAUCGUCUUGCCUUCAGCUUCUUCCAUCUUCUCCCCUUCGUUUUUUUCGCUCGUCUCCGCGCAAGCUCGGGCGCGAACAGGUCGCUGCCCCGUCACGAACUGCUUCAAACAGCAAGUUGACAACUGGACAUGUCUGCAUUGAACUCUUCUCGAGGCCGGAAGGUGUGCAGCAACUUCCUUCUCAAGAACGGCCGCGACUCACGCCCGUGGAGAAAGUGAAGAACCAAGAGGGGGAAAGGAACAAGACAAAGAAAGAAAGAAAGUGAAGAACCAAGAGAGUGAAAGAAAGGAGAGGAAAAGUCGUAGAGGGUUGUGGACAUCGGUUGUGGGGUGAGAAACAGGGUCGCGGGAUUCUCCGCCUCUGAGCAGAGAAGACAGAUCUCUUUCUGACCGCAGAUGUAGACAUGUCCAGACGCAGAAAGGGGCGUGACGACAGAGGAGUUCUGAGUGGGGAAACGGCGAGCGUACACCAGCGGGGCAGCAAGAAACGAACACAGUCGGAGGUGGAUCCUGACGAGAAACAGGGAAAGUGCAGAGCACAGAGAUAUGCGCCUUGCCGCAACUCCUGGCGGAGCUUACAGCGCGCGUCGUAUCUUCUCGAUCGCUCCCGUCUCUGCGCUCCCUGGAUCCCCCGGAGUCUACGUACACCCCAGGACGCAGUCAGGACCUGUGGGCUGUGUGUCUCCAGACUUUCUCGUCGCCAACAUGCAGUCGCAACGCCCGUCGCUCGCUUCGCUGAAGAAGAGACGUCGCGAGCAGGGCGUCUUCAGCCUCGGCGCUCGAGCCCGCAGCUGUCUGUCUGUCUCUGAAGAAGCCGCGGAACAGUGUAUCCAGGAACGCAGAGAAAGAGACGGCGAGCAGGGAGAAACCUCUGACGCCCAACUGGGUUUCCUGCCAACGCAGGUUCUCUCGGAUGGAGACACCGGCGCGUCUCAGGCGAUCGAGCUCCUGUCUCCGGAGAAAAAUGCCUUCGACCUGACGCGAGUCGCCGCCUCGCGUUUCUCGGAUCUGUGGAGACCGCGCGGCAGCCAGACGCCCGCAAAGGCAGAACCUGGAGACACCGGAACGUGCAGCGGAGAGGCCGGCAGCUACGGAGCUAGAGGAGCUCUUCGAUCCGACAAAGAGAACGUUUUCUCGAGAACCGACGCCACCAGUCUCACAAUCAGCCCCGGCGAAGCGUGGACGACCGGAGGCGUCGAGAACGGCGAAGAAUGUUCACCAGAGUCUGCGAAAGAGGAACGCAGUGUGCCAAAUCCGCAGCACGGAGACAGGCACCAGCGCAGCGAAACGCAGAAGCUGAAGAAACAGAGAGAAGAGAAAGAACCGCCGCCACUUCAGCCCCGUGACGGUGCCCCUUCUUUCGCGUCUCUCGGACCUGCCUCCGCCUGCCUCCUUCCUGUCUCCUUGCAGUUCGCUUCCUCCUUCUCCGGUGCUGCUCACAAAGGCCAAUCUUGUUUCACUUCCCUCUCUCUUCGUUUUUCGUCUUCACUCUCAACUUCUCCUCUCGUGGAGACUGCACCUUCUUCUCUUGCGUCCUCUCUUCCUUCUUCCUCUCAGUCAUCUCUCGAUCCUUCGUCGGUCCCUGCAUCGUCUGGGUGUGCCUCUUCAUCCUCUUUGCCUGCUUCUUCUUCGUCUUCUCCUUCCGCCGCUCCUUCUUCUGCAUCUUCCACUUCUUCCAAUUCCUGUCCUUCCUGUUCUUCUGUGUCUGCAUCUUGUUCUGCCUCGCCAGCGGUAGACGUGGAAGCUCCGCCUUUGGACGUGGAGAGCUUUCUGCGUCGACACGCAGCGGCGGCGGAGACAGGCCGGCUGCUGCUGGUCUCUGCUCGCACCCGUCAGCGAGUGGAGGCGCAUCGGAGAAAGAGAGAAGCCCAGUCUGGCGCAAGCAGUCCUGACGCGGAAGGGGCGGAGGAUCCGGAGAGAAGCGAAGAGAAACCACGCGCGGCGGCAAGGCAAUCGACGGGAACAGAGAGAGCCGAAGGCGGCGAGGCAGCUGCGACGGCAGAGCCCGUGGAGCCUCAGCGCAUGCAACCAGCGCGGGAGCCGCUGACGGGAGGAGGAGACGCAGAGGCGAAAGGGGGAGGGAAGGGAGAAACUCGAGUAGAAAACGAGAUGCUCGAGGAGACCGGAUUCGAAAGGAGACGACGAAACAGCGAACGAAGCGAGGUGACGGACCAAGCGACGGCGGACUCUGUCGAGAAAGUUGGAGACCGAAGUGACACUCACGAGAGACGCUGUGGAACCGGAGAGAAGUUCCAAGUGCCAGUGUAUGCACCUCAGACGACUUCCUGCUCGCGCGCCUCCGUGACCUCCGUGACAGACAUCGAAGACAUUGCCGAGUGGCUCGAAGAGCCAAAGUGUGGAGCAGCGGGACCCGUACCGGCAACUUGGGCUCCAAACUUGCCGGACGCCGCGGAUCUCGCCCGAUGCGGAGACGCCGGAGACAGUGCGGCUUGCGAGAUGGGAAGAGCUCGACAGGAAGAGCAGAAGAAGGGAGGAGACAGUUGGAUUCCACUCAAGUCGAAAAGCCUCCCCUCCGUCACAGACUUCUCCGCGCAACUCUGGUGCGAGCGCCAACUUCAGUUCACCUUGCAGACAGGCAUUCGCAGGGAGACGAUUGCCAUGAAAAAAGGCAGUGUGCGGCAUUUGGCGCUGGAGCUUUACCAUUAUCAGAUGGAAGAGGUUGUCGUCGAGACGGAAGAAGAGGCGAUGGCGUUCAAGCUCCUCAACUCGAUUCAGCAAGUGCAGCAGCUGCGGACGCGGGGAGUCUGCCGCGAGUUGUGGGUCUUCGGUCCCGUGGCGGGGCUGAUGGCCCGCGGGGUCAUCGACGAGUUGCGCAUCGGGACUGUCGAUCCGUCCGCCUUUCCAGAGUCAGGUGCUUCUCAAAUAAGGUCGCGUCCUCUCUGGCCGGAGAUCCCUUCCGGUGGAGGUUUCGCCGCGGACGCCCAGCAGGGCGCGCCUGACCUGUCGCUCCCUGACUGGGAAACUCUCUUCGCGGACAAAGACGGAGGUGGAGAGAGAGCUGGCGAGGAAGGAGAGGCGACGUGCGGUGCAAAGGCGAGUUCUUUCUCCGGGGCAUGUUGGAGGCGCGGGCCAUCUGGAGAGAGGGCUUUCGCAGGUGCAGGGGCGUUUCUGUGUCCCUGGGAAGAAGCCAGAGGAGAGAAGAGGAGUUUCACAAAGAGUGCGAAGGAGAGGUUCUUCACGCUCUUGAGCGAUAACAAGACGCGCAGCGUGAAGAAAACUCCCUGUCUUGCGCAGAAACAGACCUCAGCUCUUCAGCUGCAGAUCUACUGGCAAAUGGUCGACCGCCUCCGCCGAGAGCCGCUGCCUGUGGACCUCUUUUUCGCGGCCUUCCAACUCGACCGCCGCGCUCGCCUCACGCAUCCCCUCCUGCUUGCGAGUGCCGAAGCAGCUGGCGUGACUGUGAGCAGCACCGGGGUCUCAGUCGCCGAGAGCGAACAAGAAUCGAGGAAACAGGAAGAGCCCCCGACGGGUGCGGUUGGGGACAGAAGCGCAGCGAGGUGUCGAGGGAGAGAGGCAGAAGAGGCGCUGGAUGCGGAGGACGCUUCGCACAGCUGUAUCGACGAACACGAAGAGCAGAGGUCGCCGGGUCGAUUUUUGGUGCUGGAGUCGCUCUUGGGAAGUCUGCAAGAAGAACUGCAGCGGCUUCCUCCUCUCUGGAAAGAUGUACACGUCGUGUACGAGUGCGAAGGUGAAGAAUUUGCGAGAGAAAAGAUUCCGUUCCACGCGGCUUCCGUCGAGCACUCGCUGCAAGAGCUCACGAGCUGGUGGCGCGGCCUCAGACCUGCAGAGGCCGUGCAAGUCUCAGAGAAGUGGAAGUGCCGCAGUUGUCACUUCCUCGCGGACUGCCACGAGACUCCGCUGGGCGAGGACGAACGCGCGACGGCCCUGAAGGAGCAAGAAGAAGCUGAAGUGGAAAACAAACGAGCUCUGGAGGAGUUCGACGAGGUCGUCGCGCUCCAGCAGGAACAGCAGAGACUUCAAGAGCUCCUCGACACAAAACGAAAGUCGCAGAGAGUCUUGGGGUCGAGCAAGCUGUCGGCUGAUCGGGAGCCAACUGAGGCGGCAAGCGACAGAACGCGUUUCGGACGCGAGCCUGGCGUCGCGUCUGCGUGUCAACAGCCGCCCCGUGUCAACUAUGACACUGUUUCCUCUUGUCUGUCUUCUGAUUCCUCGCAUGCGUCUUGUUCCGUUUCUUCCUUUUCUUCGUCUCCAGCUUCUCUUCCUCUGUCGCCGCCUUGCUCCGCCUUCGGGGUUCCACACUCGCUCUCGACGCAGGUUGCGGCGCUGCACAGUCAGCGAAGGGAGUCGUUCUCCGCCUCCGACGGGGGCAGUGGCAGCUUCCCCGGCUUGGGUGUACAGGAUGCUCCACGUUUUCAGUCGCACAGCUCCGUCGCCGUGAAGCCACAGAGUCAGUUGCAGUCUGCUGGCAAGCGGCGGUUCGCAGCGUUUCUCUCAUCGCAAGAAAGCAGCGCACAUGGGGCGGGAAGAAACACCCAGACGAACGAUGAGCAUCUGCAGACGGGACGGAGCAAAUUGCCAGGCAACUUGUGUGACACACCCCAACAACUUGCUUCUUGGGUGGACGCGGCGCCUUCCAUGGAACGGCUGCGCGCCUGUCGCAACGAAGAUGCACAAAACCGUUCGAACGCAGUUGACGUGUCUGCACACCCCAGAUCCGAUAGCGCUAACUCGGCGCACACACGUUCCCCCCACGUAACGGAGAAAGCGCACACUUCGUUGACUUUCAUGUCUUUCAAAAAAAGUGCGAGUCGAACCGUCGUUUCUCGUUCCGUCGCCUCGAUUUCGGCGUCUGCAUCCCCGCGGCCUUCGCCGGACUUCGCCGGUGACUUCUUUUCCGGAAAGACUUGCAGUGGUUACCGACACGAACAGAAAGACAUGCCAACGAAAGCACGCAGUUCUCCGGCACUCUCUGAUUCGGAGCGGAAAGUGAUGUCGGCCAAGACACCUGAAAAAGAUGUAGAGGCGAUAAGUAGGGAUGGAGAAGAAAAAAGGGGGAAGGGGACAGAGGGGACGACCUUGGCGAAGGCGGUGGAUCGACAAGACGUGGAAAAGAAAAGUCAGAAAAUGACAUAUCUCCAGGCAGGUGCGAAACAAGCGACGAAAGAGCAAGGCAGAGCACCGUGCGCCAUGCAGAGGAAAGGCCUUCAGAAGGGAAAGAAGAACGAAGCGACCAUCCUAGAGGGGCAGAGGCAUAUCACUCGUUAUUUUGCGACGAAGAACACCGGGGAGAGAAAAGGAAAGGGCGCUGAUCCAGUUAUUGAUGUUGACAACGUGUCGCACCCAUGAGAGGAGAAAUGGAAGGGUGCUUCCCGGUUCACUGUGAGGUGGAUGGGACCUGAGUGCUCAGAAUUUGUUCGACCGCCACAUUCGGUCGACUCCGAGUAACAAACCUAGGGAAGGUGAUACAAGAGAAACGUGGGCCGCUGACGAGAGGGAGAAUGGAUUCCACACGCCUGAGUUGUUCCCUUCUUUUCUUUCUGAGAGUGAAGAGCCUUGUAUGUCUGCUGUGCUGAUGUGGAGAGCAAGUACCGCAGAGAUGGUGCUGUGACGUGGCCAUGGCGAUGAACGUAGAUGGGAGGUCGAGUGAAGCGUGUGUCAAGGAAUCGGGGAACGGUGUGUGCAAGCAGCUCGGUGCUAAUUGAAAUUGGUGAAGCGACAUAUGAACAGAUGUGGAAGUCGCGUAGGUGUUUCUGAUUUGCGCAUCUGUCGGGACCAAAGGAAGGGAAGGUGAGGGAUUUAUGUUCGUUAGUUUUAUAUCCAAGUUCUCACGCAUCAUGCAACAGUAGAACGCUCGUUCGUUUAUUAGACCCACUCAUGUAGCGUUUCUACCGUUCUCUGUUUCUCUACCGAUUGUCCGGCAACAUCUUCCCCAUGGUGAGCUAGUAUAGCAUUGUCUUAGAAUGAGCAGUCUUUUCCGCACUACUGCUUUAGAUCAGCUGGACACCAGUUGUGGGAGUGUGUUUCUACUUGUGGAUAUCUUGUUUGUAUCGGGACUUUAAAAAUGUCAUCAUGCGAGACCUUUUCGGAUCUACAUGUCGUGGAGGCGAUUGCAAGUACCUCAUUAAUACUGUUUUGAGGGCGUACCGUCCCUUUCCAUGUCCUGUGGCUUAAAUUUUUGAAGUGAAGUGUAAUGAAGCGACAUACGGGCGCGAAGAGCUCAGCCCAAAAAUUCCCGUUUGAGAACAAAUUUGUUAAAGUUGCUCACCAACAGCUUCCUCUCCCAUUUGCCUACAACUGCAGUCUUCGAUAAUGGGAGAGAGAAAUGUAUGUCAAGGAUGGUGAGGAUUUUGACGGCGAAAUCCUCAAGGAGGCGAAACAGGUCUUUAUGAACGUCGUGGCUCAAAAACAAGUUUCAAGUUGCCGCAGUCACAAAAAUGGGGGGAGGGAAGGAAAUCGGGCCGAGGUGAGGUCGUCUUGUUUCGUUUUUCGGAGGUUUGUCCGUCCCGUGAACGAACUUUCACAUAGCUAAGGAGGUAGAAGUCGAA